ACACGUGCCACUAGGAUUCCUGGCCAAGCCCCCGCAGCCCAAGCCAUUCACACCGGGCAGCGUUCGGCUGCCAGCACGUGCUGCGAGUUCCCCCUCCGCUUUCCUAGACCGGUCCACCUUCCGCAGAGUCCCUCUGGCCACAGCUGCUUCUUUCGCCUCUCCAGCCGCGGGAUCCUUUCAAGCCAUCGUUGAUCGCUCAACAAAAUGGCCAACGCGCGGAACACCUGGGAUCAAGUGACCGUCAACCUACUUGCUUUUAGGGCUUUUUUUGACUAGUUCCGACUUUGGGGAAGUUUCCCAAAGGCAGGCGAAGGCUAGUUUGAACUAGACAUUUGACGAAACUUCCGAUUCCUGGAACACAAAAGGGAAGAGAAACUGAGACCGCUGCAAGCAUGAGUCAUGUGGUGAAAGAUGCGCCCGGGUUGGACCAGCAGUUUGCUGGUCUGGACCUGAACUCCUCUGGUAAUCAGAGUGGAGGAGAAAGUACAGCAAGCAAAGGGCGCUAUGUACCUCCUCACUUAAGGAACAGAGAAGCUUCCAAAGGAUUCUAUGAUAAAAACAGUUCAGGGUGGAGUACUAGUAAAGACAAGGAUGCAUACAGCAGUUUUGGAUCUCGAGAUUCUAGAGGAAAGCCCAGUUACUUCAGUGAUCGUGGAAGUGGAUCAAGGGGAAGGUUUGAUGAUCGUGGACGGAGUGACUAUGAGGGUAUUAGCAGUCGUGGGGACCGGACUGGCUUUGGCAAAUAUGAACGCAGUGGACACAGUCGUUGGUCUGACAAAUCAGAUGAGGAUGAUUGGUCAAAACCACUUCCUCCAAGUGAACGCUUGGAGCAGGAACUCUUUUCUGGAGGAAACACUGGGAUUAACUUUGAGAAAUAUGAUGACAUACCAGUAGAGGCAACCGGCAAUAACUGUCCUCCACAUAUUGAAAAUUUCAGUGAUGUUGAGAUGGGAGAAAUUAUCAUGGGCAACAUUGAGCUUACUCGUUAUACUCGCCCUACUCCAGUGCAAAAACAUGCCAUUCCUAUUAUCAAAGAAAAAAGAGACUUGAUGGCUUGUGCCCAAACAGGGUCUGGAAAAACUGCGGCAUUUCUUUUGCCCAUCUUGAGUCAGAUUUAUACAGAUGGUCCAGGCGAGGCUUUGAAGGCUGUGAAGGAAAAUGGAAGGUAUGGACGCCGUAAACAAUACCCAAUCUCCUUGGUUUUAGCCCCAACAAGAGAGUUGGCUGUACAGAUCUAUGAGGAAGCCAGAAAAUUUUCGUACCGGUCUAGAGUUCGUCCAUGUGUGGUUUAUGGUGGUGCUGAUAUUGGUCAGCAGAUUCGAGACUUAGAACGUGGAUGUCACUUGUUAGUUGCCACACCAGGACGUCUAGUGGAUAUGAUGGAAAGAGGAAAGAUUGGAUUGGACUUCUGCAAAUACUUAGUGUUGGAUGAAGCUGAUAGGAUGCUGGAUAUGGGAUUUGAACCUCAGAUACGCCGUAUAGUUGAACAAGAUACUAUGCCACCAAAGGGUGUUCGCCAUACCAUGAUGUUUAGUGCCACUUUUCCUAAGGAAAUACAGAUGCUUGCUCGUGAUUUCUUGGAUGAAUAUAUCUUUCUGGCUGUAGGCAGAGUUGGCUCCACCUCUGAGAACAUCACACAGAAAGUAGUUUGGGUGGAAGAGUUGGACAAACGAUCAUUUUUGCUGGACCUCUUAAAUGCAACAGGGAAGGAUUCACUGACUUUAGUGUUUGUGGAGACCAAAAAGGGUGCUGAUUCUCUGGAGGACUUCUUAUACCAUGAAGGAUAUGCUUGUACCAGUAUCCAUGGAGACCGAUCACAGAGAGAUAGAGAGGAGGCCCUUCACCAGUUCCGCUCAGGAAAAAGCCCAAUUCUAGUGGCUACUGCUGUGGCUGCAAGAGGACUAGACAUUUCAAAUGUGAAACAUGUUAUCAAUUUUGAUUUGCCAAGUGAUAUUGAAGAAUAUGUACAUCGUAUUGGCCGUACGGGACGUGUAGGAAACCUUGGCCUUGCCACCUCAUUCUUUAAUGAGAGAAAUAUAAAUAUCACAAGGGAUUUGUUGGAUCUUCUCAUUGAAGCUAAACAAGAAGUACCAUCUUGGUUAGAAAAUAUGGCUUAUGAACACCACUAUAAGGGUAGCAGUCGUGGACGUUCUAAGAGUAGAUUCAGUGGAGGAUUUGGUGCCAGAGACUAUCGACAAAGUAGCAGUUCCAGCAGUUCUAGCUUUAGUAGUAGUCGUGCAAGCAGCAGCCGCAGUGGUGGAGGUGGUCACGGCAGCAACAGAGGAUUUGGUGGAGGUGGCUUUGGAGGCUUCUACAAGAGUGAUGGAUACGGAGGAAAUUACAACUCCCAGGGGGUUGACUGGUGGGGCAACUGAAUCUGCUUUGAAGCAAAGCCACCCUUUCAAAUAAGCUGAUAUGGAAACCACAUGUAACUUAGCCAGACUAUGUGUAGCUUCAAGAACUUCCAGUACAUUACCAGCUGUGAUUCUCCUAAAAAUUCAAGGGAACUCAAAGUCACAAGAAGAAAAGAAAGGAACAAUCAAAUAGCCCUAUUCAGAAGUUGGUUUGAAAACUCAAUUGCUAUAAUUUGGGUUAACUCCCCUUGUGCUUAUUUCCACCCAAACUGCAUUAAUAAUUUUGUGACUGAGGAUCAUUUGUUUGUUAAUGUACUGUGACUUUAACUUUAGACAACUUAUUAUUUUGAUGUCCUGUUGGCUCAGUAUGCUCAAGAUAUCAGUUGUUUUGACAAAUAAAUUUACUGAACUUGGGCUAACAUCAAACCUUGGCACACAGGUGUGAUACAACUUAACAGGAGUCAUCAGUUUUUUCAUAAAUAUUAUAAGGGAAAGACUUUAUUAUUUGCAGACUGAGGGAGAAAAACAUCUUACAGCAGGAUUGGUUUCUAACAUGGCAAACUAUACUAAGUUAAAGUUGUUACUUGCUCACUCUAUCCUGGAUAGGCACUUCGAACCUUGUGGUCUUCAAAUAAGCCAUUCCAGUCAUGAGGUGGCAUGUACGAAUAUAUCCAUACAUUUUUCACAGUGUUCUUUGAAGUUAAUGCAAGUAAAUACAGCAAUUCCUCUUUAUUAUUUAGGUUUUUAAUUCUAGGUUAGGCAAAUGUGGGCAUACUAUUACAGAUACGGUUUAAAGUUUUGAUAACAAAAGUGUUUGGGGAGAUUCCACAUAAUUAGAUUUUUUAAAUGCCUGCCAUAAAUAAAACUGAAAUGUAGAAUGGCUGACUGUGGCAGUGACCAGUCCUCUUUAUGGACAUGGUUGGAUUUUGGUCUUUAAUGCAUGCUAGUGUUGAUGUUUUUUGGUCAAGAGGAUAUGAACAGAGAGGAUUAUGCAGCAGGCUUUAUUUUAAUGCAGAAUUCACAUUACUCUGUUUAAGCUGCGUUGAAAUGUUAAAAUGGCUUACACUUGUAGACUUUGUAAAUCAGAGUAACAGCAAACUGAAAUCCUUGAGAUCACACAGGUUGGAAAUAUGUACUAAUAAACUGCACAAGGUGUCAUUUCUAUAUAGUGCAGUUUUAGUCUAUUUUAGUUGCAUAGGUUUCCAUUGUAUUUAUAGUCUCUUUUAUGCUAAAUUUGGCCAAAGAUGAUCAUCCACCUCUGAAAAUGCCUCUGCCACUUUGGGAAUUCUGUGCUGGUUUUGUGGCCAGAAUGCACUGAUCUUUACAAUGGCGUUAAGAAGGCAAAAAUUCCUUAAAAGUGCAAUAGAUUUUUAAGCGUAUUGUGCCUUGUUCUAAAACUUUAUUAAGUAGGUGCACUUGACAGUAUUAAGGUCAUUUGUUACGGUGCUAUUUCAAUUAGUAGAGGUUUAGACUUGUACAUUUUGCCCAUAACUUUUUACGAAGCACUUAUUUUAUUGCACAUUCAGAAAAUUUUAUAUAUGUGUCUUGUGUGCGUGUCCUUAAACUUCCAAUCUUAUUUUGUCUCUUGGAGAUUGUUGAACGCAUCUUGUGAAGAACUAGAUUAUAAAAUUUUGUUUGGGACCAUGGAGUGAUAGUUGAGAAGAAACCUAUUUGCACAUGACAGAUUUUAGAUACUUUUUGCUGCUAGUUUGUGUAAUAUUUAUUGAACAUUUUGAUGAAUAUUUAUUUUUGUAAGCCUAAAAGUGAUUCUUUGAAAGUUUAAAAAAAACUUGACCAAAAGACAGUACAAAAACACUGGCACUUGAAUGUUGAAUGUCACCGUAUGUGAAAUAAUAUAUUUUGGGGUAGUGUGAGCUUUUAAUGUUAGUCCUAUUAAACUUGAGUCACAUUAAGCAAACCCGGCACUGGCAAUGUAGCUAACUGUAACUUUCUGACAAAAUUUAAGACAAAAUUGGCAACUUGAAAGUAAAACAUGCCAAGGUUUUGAUACACUUGUCUUAAAAUAUUAAUGAAAAAUUUCUAAACACUGAUAUGAAGUGUCCACAUUCUCAGAGGUUCUCAGAUUUGUUUAGUUUUUUGUUUUGCUUUGUUUUCAGUAACUGUCUGGCAUAUUUGCAAUCCUCAAACAUGUGGUUAUUCUUGUGUAUUGCCAUAAUCAGUGACUUACAUUCAGUUUUAGGAUUUAAUCUUGCUGAAUGUAGACUUUAAACCUCAAGUCACUGUAUGUUUUAGUAAUUCCUUAUUGUAUUAGUUUUAGUUGCUAGCACUGCAUGUGCUGUUUAUUCUGAUUUUACUAAAAUAAAAAGUUGAACACCA